AUGGUUAAAGAAUGGAGAUCAAGGAUGAAGAAACCUGUUGGUGACGCAACAGGAGAUGUCGUUGUUGCUAAAAUCCUUGCUAGUAGAGAUGAUUAUGGUGAUGAGUUCAAGAUGGAUUUCUUGAUAUUUGUUACAUCAAGUUUCUUACAUGGGACGAAUAGCACAAAAUUUUACUAUAAAGUGAUCAAAUCACUAGCAAACAUCAGUGAAGUCAAGGAAUAUAAUUGGUGCCAGUUUGUCAUUAAGGCACUAAAUGAUGGUGUUGACCAUUAUCAAGAUAAAGGCACCUUCUACGGACCAAUGUCAUUCCUGACGCUGUGUUAUUUAGACAGAUGUCGAUACAAAGAAUCACAUCUUAGAAAAUGGUCAGCUAUUUCAUGUUGGGAUGAAGAUAAAAUGAAGGACAAAAUUCAAAGAAAGGAGUCUAAAGGAGGAUUUGGACGUGUGUAUGUAGAAGAUUGCGUCAAGAAACCCGACCAAGAAGAAGAGCAAAAGCUGCAACACAAGAAGGAAGUGAUUCAGAAAAGGGUAUCACCUCAACAACUUUGUGAGCUCAUUCCUAAACUAGAUGACAAAAAGAAAGGGGAAAUCAUGGAUAUGGGUUUUGGUGCACUACUAGAAAUAAAAAUCAAGACGUGCCCCAAAUCGUUGUGUAGAAUUCUGGUGGGAAGAUUCCAAUUUGGUUCAGGUAUUAUACAAUUCGGCAAUAAUGGCCAAGAGUUCAUAAUCAUUGAAGACGAAUGA